UAAAAUAAUAUAAACAUAAUAAUUUUUAAAAAUGCUAUUACUGUUUUAUUUCUUAAUUUUUACGCAUUUCAUCUGUUGAUUAUUAACCUGAUCGUGUUCGUUCUUUAAUACAAAUGUAGUGAACACCUGCUUUGGUUCUAGAGGAAUUAAUCAAGGAAUGUUCAAGAUAAAUAGGGUUGGCCUUGAUAGCUCAGGUGUUCAUGUACAAGUGUUUUCCAGCAAACAUAUUUUAGUUGUAACAGUCCAGUGAAUAACCAGAGGCCAAUUUGGGGUAAGUACCUUAGAAAUAAAUAGCUUUUGAAUAAAGUAUAUAUGCAAUAACAUUGCCUAUGAGUGUUUAGCAAAGUAAGGAAAGGCAUUUCAAUUUACUUUGGCAUAAAAAUCAUUUGAAUUUAUUAAAUUAACAUAUCACUUUUAUUCUCCUCAAAUGAUUUCACUGUACAUCAGAAGAUCCAGUUCUUAUAGGACUAUUCAUCAGGUUGUUUAGUUCUGCAGUGCUAGGUGCUUUCUGAUAAGAUAAAAUUCAAAACCCAAUGAGGUAAGUGAAUUUCUAAAACGAAUAUUUGUCUGAGGUUAUAAUUUAUUAAGUGCUUAGAAAUUUUCUGGAAAAAAUGGAUGCUCAAAGAAUAUAAAUUUAAUUAUUAAGAUAAUUAAUAAUAAUGAGAAAGAAACUCUAAUACUGAUAUUCUACCACAGAGGAAAAAUUCCAUUUUUUAAUAAUACUGUUUAUUCUAAUAUAAACCAAAUACAUAAAGCUAUAUCUACUGUAUUGUCACUUGAUAACUUAAAAGUACUAAUAACAUCUUGACUACUUACGUAUCUUCAAACACAUAUUUUGGUCAAAAGUCUUCUGAGAAACUGAAUAUAUUAGAAUAUGGUGAUAGAUAAACAUUUAUUUUGCAUGUAAAACUUUUACUCACUAGUUUUUACUAUUGUUGCACUCUCAUUUACAACCUCAUAGGCUAAAUUAAUCUCUAAUGAAACAUUUUCUUGAUAUUAAUAACAUAUGUCUAUAUCUGAAGUUUGCCAACACAUUUUCUAACAAUUGCUUUGGAUUGUUUUUUGAGGUUUUUAUCUUCUACAAAUGAGUGUCUAAACAAAUACAGUUUAACAACAUACAUUGAAAGAGAAUUUGAAAUGUCUAAAUAAUGACUCCAUAGUUUAGUUUGGAAGAAUAUUUGACUAUUAGUAAUCUUUAUAUAUAAAUAUGGUUGUUAGUGACGCCUAUCCAUUUAUGGGUCAUGGUGGCCCCCUUAUUAAUCUGCAAAACAGUCUAGAAAUGUAACUCUCCACUGAAGGCUGACAACACACUAUUCUGAAGGCUUUCAUCUUUAUCCUGAGUAAGGGUUACUUCCUCAUAACUUAUUAAUGGAUAAGUUUUUAAGGGUUACUAUCAUGUAUUAUUCAUAAGGUAAAAUUAUUAUUACUAAAAUUUAUGAGGCCUUGGAGUCAGCAUUCUACCGAGUAUGUGGUAAUACUGCAAAACUAAUUAUGCUUGAGAUACAGUCAAAAGGUUGAAUUUCCUGCAAUUUUAGUGGAGAGCACUUUAAUAGGGUAUUAAUUUUGUAAAUUGUUUAUGGUUUUCAAUUGCUGCUACUCAGGUUUGUUAGUAUUUUUGUCAACUUAUUCUUUAAUAUUUUAUUUCACUUAUAUUUUUUAUUUUAUAAUUUCAACUUCUAUCACAGAUUAAAAGGUGCAUGCACAGGUUUCUUACAUGCGUAUAUGGCCUGACACUAAGGAUUGAGGUAUAAAUGAUCUCAUCAGCCAGGUAGUGAGCAUAGUACUUAAUGGUAUCAUUUGUAUUUGAUUGUCAUUUUGUUUCAAACUUUGCAGGUUUUCUGCAUUGCAUUUUUCUUCCUUUGGAAAAGUAGGAGGAGGGUUUGGAGUUAUUUUGUCCUACGAAAUAAAGCGUGAGGAAAACUGUUGUAAAAAGUUAGCCAGAUUACUCAGUUACUUUAGAAUACAUUAAUUUUCUAAUAGUAUAGUUCCAAAACCAUACUGGAGUAAGUCUGUUUUUAUUCAGUUUCUCCUCUUGAUCUAUAAAUCACUUUAGAGUAAUCUUCUCAGAAGCUCUACUUGAUGUCAGAGUUACACUUAAUCCCACUUAAAAACCAUGAGAAAAGAUAGAAAAAAAGUAUAGCUAUUUAGAGAUACCAUUGCCAUUGAUAACAUUCCGAUACUGUAGUUUCUUUUAUGAUUUUUGUUACAAAACUACAAGUAUAUUUUCUAGUGGUUUUUGAAGAUACCUAAGAAAUACCAUUAGCACAUGGAGUAUUUCUCCUAACAGAUGAUACUUAGUCAGAAAUCAAAUUGGAUAGAGUUCACUCCUGGUAGUAAGUUCUAUUAAGAUAGAAAGAUACAAUAGGUAGAAAGUUAUCUGUUGAGAUCUCUAUGCAAAACCCUUUUGAAAAUGAAUACAUUUGGAUUUAAACAAUACAGAGAAAUCAAAAUGGACACAUUCUUCUUGUGGAGUCUCCUAUUGCUGUUUUUUGGAAGUCAAGCCUCAAGACCCUCAGCUAAAAAAAAUACCGAAUUUGCAAUGGAUAUUUAUCAAGAGGUUUCCUUAUCUCAUAAGAACAACAUUAUAUUUUCGCCCCUUGGAAUAACUUUGAUUCUUGAAAUGGUACAACUGGGAGCCAAAGGAAAAGCACAGCAACAGAUAAGACAAACUUUAAAACAACAGGAAACCUCAGCUGGGGAAGAAUUUUUCGAACUGAAGUCAUUUUUCUCUGCCAUCUCAGAGAAAAAACAAGAAUUUACAUUUAAUCUUGCCAAUGCCCUCUACCUUCAAGAAGGAUUCACUGUGAAAGAACAGUAUCUCCAUGGCAACAAGGAAUUUUUUCAGAGUGCUAUAAAACUGGUGGAUUUUCAAGAUGCAAAGGCUUGUGCAGAGAUGAUAAGUACCUGGGUAGAAGGCAAAACAGAUGGAAAAAUUAAAGACAUGUUUUCAGGGGAAGAAUUUGGCCCUCUGACUCGGCUUGUCCUGGUGAAUGCUAUUUAUUUCAAAGGAGAUUGGAAACAGAAAUUCAGAAAAGAGGACACACAGCUGAUAAAUUUUACUAAGAAAAAUGGUUCAACUGUCAGAAUUCCAAUGAUGAAGGCUCUUCUGAGAACAAAAUAUGGUUAUUUUUCUGAAUCUUCCAUGAACUACCAAGUUUUAGAAUUGCCUUAUAAAGGUGAUGAAUUUAGUUUAAUUAUCAUACUUCCUGCAGAAGGUAUGAAUAUAGAAGAAGUAGAGAAACUAAUUACUGCUCAACAAAUUCUAAAAUGGCUUUCUGAGAUGCAAGAAGAGGAAGUGGAAAUAAGCCUCCCUAGAUUUAAAGUAGAACAAAAAGUAGACUUCAAAGAUGUUUUGUAUUCUUUGAACAUAACUGAGAUAUUUAGUGGUGGCUGCGACCUUUCCGGAAUAACAGAUUCAUCUGAAGUAUAUGUUUCUCAAGUCAUGCAAAAAGUUUUCUUUGAGAUAAAUGAAGAUGGAAGUGAAGCUGCAUCAUCAACUGGUAUGCACAUCCCUGUGAUCAUGAGUCUGUCUCGAAACCAAUUUGUAGCAAAUCAUCCAUUUCUGUUUAUUAUGAAGCAUAACCAAACAGGUCAUGCCAGCCGCGGUGGCUCAAGCCUGUAAUCCCAGCACUUUGGGAGGCCGAGGCGGCUGGAUCAGAAGGUCAAGAGAUCGAAUCCUGGUGAAAUCCCGUCUCUACUAAAAAAUACAAAAAAUAGCUGGGAGUGGUGGCGCACACCUGUGGUCCCAGCUGCUCGGGAGGCUGAGGCAGAAGAAUUGCUUGAGCCCGGGAAGUGGAGGUUGCAGUGAGCAGAGAUCGCGCCACUGCACUCCAGCAUCGCGCCUGGCAACGGAGCGAAACUCUGUCUCAAAAAACAAAAAACAAAAAAAACAAAACUCUUUUAGGUCAUGCGUUGAGGGCAGAGACAGAUUGAAGAAUUUUCAUUAAGAAUUUCUUUUCUGGCCAUUAGCUUGGUAAUGCUAUUGUAUUGUAAUAUUAGAAAGUCAAAUUUGCUUUCAUCUGAUGAAGAUGUUGUAUAAAAUAUUGAUUAAAUAUAGAGGACACUUAUUUAAGAAGAAGGCAUGAAGAUAAAAAAAAUAUUUUUGCUUCAGUCUGCCUCUAAAUUCUUUGCUAUUAUGUCAAGGGAAAUUUUACUAAUCUGCCCAAUUUAGUAGUGAGUAGAUUGAUGAUGGCAUGAAGACUCAAUAAAAAAUGUGAGUCUUCCUGCAAAAAGAAACAGAUUGAAAAGGCUGGGACUAAAACAGAUUGAAAAGGCUGGACUUUUAUGUGAUAUUCUGCACUUCUAGGUAUUUAAAAUUUUAAGAUAUUGUCUUCAACUAUAAGAUAGUGUUUGUAGAAGUUACUUUAACAUUUUUCCAAAGAAACUAUUCUGAUGUACAUUUUAAUGCAAUAGCGUUAUAGCAUUAGUAUUAUGAAGAUAUAGGAGUCACUGCCUUUUCCUAUUGUGACUAAAUUUAAUAUCUAUUCUGGGAAAUGUAUUUAUGUAUCUUUAUCUGUCUGAAAUAUUGGGGUAUUUUCUUUGUUCCAGAAUUAUUUUAAUAUUUUGAAACAGAACAUCGUUAACUAUAAUUACUCAUAAUAAAAAGUAAAAUCUGCUGGA